AUGGGGCGCUUCACCGUGUGGGACUAUGUGGUCUUUGCGGCUAUGCUGCUCAUCUCGGCCAUCAUUGGCAUCUACUACGCCUUCGUGGGAGGAGGGCAGAAGACAUCAAAGGACUUCCUCAUGGCAGGGCGCAGCAUGAGUGCCCUCCCGGUGGCACUCUCCCUCACCGCCAGCUUCAUGUCAGCCGUCACGGUGCUGGGCACCCCUGCUGAGAUCUAUCGCUAUGGUGCCAUCUUCUGCAUCUUUGCCAUCACCUACGGCCUGGUGGUGCUGUGCAGUGCUGAGAUCUUCCUGCCUGUCUUCUACAAGCUGGGCAUUACCAGCACCUAUGAGUAUUUAGAACUUCGAUUUAAUAAAUAUCUACGCCUCUGUGGAACGGUCCUUUUCAUAAUACAAACGACGUUAUACACUGGUAUUGUCAUUUAUGCUCCAGCUUUAGCACUAAAUCAAGUCACUGGCUUCGACUUGUGGGGUGCAGUGGUGGCGACUGGCGUGGUCUGCACAUUCUACUGCACACUGGGUGGUCUGAAGGCAGUGGUGUGGACAGAUGUUUUCCAGGUUGGAAUCAUGGUUGCUGGAUUUUCAUCUGUGAUUAUACGAGCUGUGGUGGUUCAGGAGGGAAUUGGACACAUUGUAAAUGAUUCCUACCAUGGAGGAAGAUUAAACUUCUGGGACUUUGAUCCCAAUCCUUUGCAAAGGCACACCUUCUGGACGAUUGUUAUAGGUGGGACUUUCACGUGGACUGGUAUAUAUGGGGUUAACCAGUCUCAAGUCCAGAGAUACAUCGCAUGCAAAAACAGAUUCCACGCAAAAUUGUCCCUCUACAUCAACCUCGUGGGACUCUGGGCAAUCCUGGUCUGUGCCACACUGUGUGGGUUGGCCCUCUACUCCAUCUACAAAGACUGUGACCCAUGGACAGCCAAACAGGUGUCGGCACUCGACCAGCUAAUGCCAUACCUAGUGCUGGAUAUCAUGCGUGAUUUCCCAGGAAUGCCGGGACUUUUUGUGGCUAGUGCCUACAGUGGGACGUUAAGUACGGUGUCCUCCAGCAUCAAUGCUCUGGCUGCUGUGACUGUUGAAGACCUCAUUAAGCCCUACUUCAAAUCUCUCUCUGAAAAGAAGCUGUCAUGGAUUUCCAUGGGGAUGAGCCUGUUUUAUGGUGGAGUCUGCAUUGCUAUGGCUGCAGUGGCAUCUCUUCUGGGAGCCUUGUUGCAGGCAGCGCUCAGCAUUUUUGGCAUGGUUGGUGGCCCCCUUUUAGGACUGUUUGCCUUGGGAAUCCUGUGCUCCUUUGCAAAUGGAAUUGGAGCAUUUGUAGGUCUUGUCAGUGGUUUUGUUAUUUCACUUUGGGUUGGAAUUGGAUCUCAGAUUUAUCCUCCACUUCCAGAGAGAACCAAGCCACUCGAUCUCUCAACUGUGGGCUGUAAUAUAUCCUUAGGAAACUUAACAUCAACAGAAAUUCCAUUAACAACGGUUUUCAGCACACCAGGUGCAGAAAGGCCUGCCCUGGCAGACAACUGGUAUUCCUUGUCUUAUCUCUACUUCAGCACACUUGGGACACUCGUCACAGUAGUUGUGGGAAUAAUUAUCAGCCUCCUAACAGGAGGACUAAAACAGAACACGGAUCCUAAAUUCCUGCUGACCAAGGAAGAUUUCCUGUCCAACUUCUCACGGUCUGAAACUGAGCAACCAGAGAAAGUGGAAGUGUUGAACUGGAAACCAUUUACCAUGGCAAAUGAAGGAACUGACAACCCUGCCUUUAGCCACAUUGAAAUGGAUGUUGCAAGUGACAAGAAUAAAGUGAAUGGUCUUCACAUAUGA